GAGGGGGUUCGAGUGCGAGUAUUACAACUCAUAGGUCUGAUGCCUCCCCCCUCCCGCCCCCUUUCUUCCUCUUCCCGUGUGCCUUAUCAGUCUUAUCAGACGCCGGGACGUCAUACGUCAAGUGGACGAUCACUCUAGCGUGGGGACGUAAUAUUCUGGAGUGGAGUUAGACUAGACUCCAUGACAACUUCGGGGUACACCGGUUUGCUGCGGCCUCCUGCAGGACGGACGUUUUGCUACCUUAUAUGUGGCAUUUUUAUUGGAUUCAGUUCAGCAUUUAUGCUGCUUUCUAUUUCUUCCAAUAUUUCAUCAUUUGGUGACUUGCUGAUACCUCCAAGACCAGGGCCAAGGCAUAGUGACUCUCAUGGUCAUGGCCAAGAUUCUAGUGAGAUGUUACCCCACCCUCAGGAGUUUGGAGCGCAUAGCUCUGAUGAAGACUUUCAUAAAGGCGAAGAUGUUGUAGCUCAGAAAUUAGCUGAAAAGGUCCGAGUGUUGUGUUGGAUUAUGACAUCCCCUUCUAAUCAUGAGAAAAAAGCACGCCACAUCAAGGCGACAUGGGGGAAAAGAUGUAACAUUCUCCUCUUCAUGAGCACAGCUAAUGAUACAUCUCUUCCAACUCAAUCUAUUUUAAGCCUUCUUAUUAAUUGUGAAUUUGAAUUUGUCUUGUUCGUUGCUUCUUGGAAACGAAGGGGAUUGGGGGCAAGGGUCAUCAUUGACAUUUAUUAUUUUGAUCUCACUGAUACUUUGUGA